ACGCUCUCGUAGCUAGCUGACGUUAGCCGAGUUCAGUUUCUGUUUCCAGUCAGCUCGCUUGUCGUGUCCGACGGUCCUUGAAGUGCAUCGUAUGGCACAUGAUUUAAUGACCAACUCGGCGUACUAAUCUUUACAAAUCAAUAUGUAAAUGAUGCAAGAGCUGGCUAAUAGUUAAUUGAGCGGGUUUAGGAAUAGCAACGGGAUCAACAGGGAAUCUCCCUUUGAUACGCUGAACAUGAUAUAACGUUAUAAUCUUGCUGUUGUCUUUCAUAUCUCUUCAUUGUCCGGCCAGCCAACUGCGUGAUAUUGAUUAUUUUGAUUUUUGGAUCUAACCUCGCAGCUGUUUAUGAGUCGGAGGUAUUGCCAAACUCAAACAAGCUUUGUGUCAACACUGAAACUACAUUGGCUUCUCAGGACAGCUAGUGAGUGCAUAUCAUUGUAACCUAGCCGUGUGAUGGAGGAUCAGGUAACUAUAAGUAGGCCAUUGGUGGUGACAUGCUGUCAAUAUGGGUUUAAGGUAUCCCGGUAUAAGGUUAUUUGUUAUAAAGAAUUGACAUAAGUACAUCUGCAUUUCUAUGGUAUUCAGAAAAAGGCACACAGGAGCAGUCUGGCUGCUACAUGUUAAUUGUUAAUCAUAAGACACUUUUUAAAAGGUCACAGCUGAUGUUAUUUUUAAUGUAGUAGUUAUUAUAUAACAUGCUAUAGUGCUGCUAUGUAAACUAACAUGCUUAUGUAACAUUGUAUUGUCAUGAGUCCAUGACAUUUUUUUAUAUCUGGUUGUUAUUAUUCUUUAUUAUAAUUCUGUCCACAUUGCUUUAAGGGACAUGGUAACUGCUAAUAACAAUAAUAAUAAUAAUAGUGGAAUACCAUAUAUUGUGAAACUGUGAUACUUUCUGAGAGUUAUCAAACUGUUAAAAUCACAUGUUACAACCCCAAGGCCUGUCAACAGGGUAAGACUUUGUUCGUAGCUUUUUUAAUUUUCUCAUCGCUUGUUGAAAAUUAAAAUAGAUAAUAACCGCUUUAAUGAUUGACUAUUUUUAUUUAUAUCAUAUUUGAAAAGUGUUAUUUGGAGUAUAUGGGAAGUAAAUAAACAUAGUUUGUUACGUCCUUGCUCUUUAUGCUUUCAUGACCGUUUUGAUUGUGCGUGUGGGGAGGUAGUGAUGUACAGUUCACAGAGGCCAGGGUCCUGGACAUGCGGUGUCGCUGUGAGCUGUGCUGAAGUGUCUGUAAUUUGUGCUGGCAAAUGAUUGACCAGCCUGCUUUUUGGCCAGCUGGUAUGACCUGCAGUCAAAGCUAACAAUUGCUCUCUGAAGGAUUUUGCUGAAUGUUCUGUAGUGGAGCAAAAUAAUGAGAGGCUGGUCGAGAAAAGACUAUGGCUGCAUGAUUAUGCGAGGUGCCAAUAUCAGUAAACCAGAGAAGGAGUUUAGUAGAAGGGAGAUACUACACAUCGUUAUUAUUUUAUUGUCACUUUCUGUAAAUCUUUAUAACUAAUUUAAUGUGGACAUUGAGGGCUGCCUCCUGCAGAUUUCUAUUGGAAUUUCUGCCGAGGAUGAAAUAAGAUCAGCGCUGUAAUUUACCAUAACAUAAAACGGAGAAAAAGAAAAAACCCUCACUUUGAGAACGCUUAAAUCUUCACGGAUUUGGCUUUUUUCCUUGGGCAAAUCAGUUUUGGUCAAUCAGGUAAAUGAUUAAUGGACUAAUUAUCCAAGACUUUAACGUAAUGUUAAAGGCUCAUUUUCCAAACUUGCACCUCUUUGGAUUUAGUUAUAGCUUCCUGAAUGACUCUUGACAUUCAAAGGCUAAAGAUGUUAAUUAGUACAUUUAAUGUGUUGGUUGUGUAAGCGUAUUGAUAACAUAAUUUGCUGCCAUUUUACUUAUUAAGACUAAUGUGUAUUCCAGAAUACACUGUGACAGUUUCAGGCUUAUUUCAACACCAGACACUAUAGCAGAGUAUUUAAACUCAACCACAUGACCAUAACGUAGCAACUAAAUGAUAUAGAGAGUGUGUGUGUGUGUGUGUGUGUGUGUGUGUGUGUGUGUGUGUGUGUGUAUGUGUAUGUGUAUGUAUGGGCUGUAUUUGCACAUUGUGUCAUCACUGUGUCUGUGUGUAUAGGGAGAGGGCAGGGCACAAGGCAGGGCGUUGUAUCUUUACCAGCAGCCCCAGAUACUUGGAACAAAAGCUCUGUUGUUGGAAGAUCAUGUGACUCUGUGUGUGUGUGUGUGUCCACCCUUGUCAUGUGAUCUGAGCUUAGGGCAGGGUCUGAGAAGUGCUGACUCGCUCUCAGAGGUUGCUUCCAGCCAGGGAACAGGCAGACAGCGAGCAUGCAUGCAGAGAGAAGAGAUGAACGGCCAGAUGGAUGGAUGUCAGACAGAGAGGAGAUGUGGGAGAGAGUCAAAGACAGGCAGAGAGAGAGAAAGGUGCAGAAAAAGUCCUGUUGUUUUCUCUUACCACAACAAGAAAGCACCGCUCUCAUUCCUUCAUUCUCCUCGUCUCUUUGUGGAUAGCAGCCAAGUAAAGAUGCAAGCCUGCAUUUUGACUCGCAACUUUUCUAUGGCAAGGGGCCUUUAUUCACCAAACUGGUGGGAGUCCACCAGACGGAGGUGCUGUGGCUAAUCACUGGCUGUAAUCUCAUAUCCCUGAGGAGCAUGAGUCAUGACCUCAGUGGUGCUGGUCGACACUGGUGGGACGGUGGUGGAGUAUGUCACAGUGGAAGAGGGGGACUCCCAGCAGGAGGGAGAGUGUGAGGUGGACCUGGAGUUUGAGGGAGAGGUAGAAGGUGAAUGUGAAGCCGAGGAGGCCUAUGAAGAAGUACAGGACAGAGAGGAGGCCGAGAACUACCCAGCAGUCAUAGUAGAAGAGGUACCCGGCGCCAGACUGGCCGAUGAGCGAGGUUACUCAGCCCAGGUGUUCGUAUAUAACGACGAGGCCUACCUGAUGCAGGAAGUAGGCGAUGAGCAGGAGGUGGAGACAGAAGGGGAGGCAGUGGAGGCUUCUGUCCACGGCACCAGUGUUCACUGCUCUGACAAGACCUUUGAGGCUGCAGAGGCUCUGCUGCGCAUGGAUUCACCUUCCAGCCUCAGAGAAGACCGUAGCCCAGAAGCUUUUAUCCCGCCCUACAUGGUGACACCAGACUUCCUUCACGCAGCCAUGCGUCCCGACAUGAUUGCAGCAACAGAAGUCGAGAUAUCGACAGAGGAGUGCUGCGAGGAGGAGGAGGAGGAGGAGGAGGAAGAAGAAGAAGAAGAAGAAGAUGAGGAGGAAGAAGAAGAAGAAGAUGAGGAGAUGGUCACUUUGCUUGAAGAACCAGAGCCAGGUCACGAGCCCGUCAGGAAGAGGAGAGCUGGACGGAAGCCAAAGACGCAUCAGUCAUCUAUUUCCAACGGCUCACUGGACCUCGGCAUCAAGAAGAAACCAAGAGAAGGGAAAGGGAGCACCACCUACCUCUGGGAGUUCCUGUUGGACCUCCUUCAGGACAAAAACACGUGUCCCAGGUACAUCAAGUGGACGCAGAGGGAGAAGGGCAUCUUCAAACUGGUCGACUCAAAGGCUGUGUCCAAGCUGUGGGGGAAACACAAAAACAAACCAGACAUGAACUAUGAGACCAUGGGACGGGCACUCAGAUAUUACUACCAGCGUGGCAUCCUCGCCAAGGUAGAGGGCCAGCGGCUGGUUUACCAGUUCAAAGAUAUGCCCAAAAACAUUGUAAUCAUCGACGACGACAAGGCAGACAUGCCCUCCCACGACGAUCUGAUGGGCUCAGAGACCGUAUCCUACGAGCGCGUGCCGCCUCCAUCAGACAUGCUGCUGCAGGCGACCGAGCUGUCCUCCUCCAAGAAGCCCAACAUCUUGCGGGGCGGGAACAGGGCCAACGUGCUCCAUGCUACCGUCGCCACAGGCAGCAAAACAGUGGCAGGAGGGGGUGCAGCGAUGAUGGCAGGGCUCCCAAGGAUAAUGUCUGUUCCAGGAGUAUUGGAUGGGAGUCGGCAGUCUCAUACGGCUAUCAUCCCAACUGCCACCGGUCCCAGGACGGUGCGGUUGGCCAUGCAGGUGCCUGUAGUCAUGACAACAUCACUGGGUCAGAAGAUCUCCACUGUUGCUGUGCAUCAGCCGACGGGAACAACAGCGGCAGCCGGCCAUACCACCCUCCUCACCAACACUUGUGCUGGUAACAACAACUCGCAACAGAAGGUUGUGAUCCAGACCAUCCCCACCAUGGUCCCAGCUACAGCAGAGAAUGGAGACAAGAUCACUGUCCAGUUGGCCAAGAUCAUCACAAUCCCAGCCCACCAGUUAGCCCAGUGUCACCUCCAAACUUCCACAGGCUCAAACAAGUUCACCAUCGGGAGCUCCCCAGCGGGUAUCAGCCUCCUCAGGAGCCCCCUGACGGUCCGGGCUCUGGCACCUGUCAAUGUCGCCCCAGGAACGCAAGUGAUGAGACUCACUUUGCCGACGCAGACGCAACAACAGACUCUGGUGGUGUCACAGCCGGGUAGCGUGCCGGGGGUGGUAACCGUAUCAACUGCCUCUCAGACGGUGACGGCACACCCUCGGAUCCUAAGCGGCAUCAUUAAUGGUUCAGAGCUGAUGAUCGGAGCACCGGUAACCGGACUAGUCUCAAUGGAGAAGUUGAAGGCAGCAGGAGUCCAGGUCCAAACUGUGCAGGUGGCAGUCCAGCAGAACCCCAAAAUGGUCCAAAACGUCCAAUCAGAGGCCGUGGAUGCUGAGGUGGUUAUCAAACUGGAAACACCUGACGUGACGAUAGAGCCCGAGUGUUGAGCUGUACACAUUUGGGAGUGGUGGUUUGUAAAGGUAUACACCACUUUACUCUUGUGAUAACCAGCAGCAGUCUGAGACUUUAAAAGACUCCGGAAGGCCUGUUUUUACAUCUUUGUUGCUACUUUACUGAUCCAAGCCGGUCCUCAGAACCACACUGAAACCUCAAGAGUGUUGUGUAUGGAGUUCACAGGAAUGCACACACUUUAAAUGGACUUGUUGUAAAAGGUAAAGGGACCAACCUUGAUCACUACAAUGUAUGCUUUCUAAAUGGAUCACCAUUGCUGACUCGAAUACAAGAAAAAAAAGAAAAGAAACUUAAAAAAAAAAAAAAACCUGAAACA